AUGGCCAGGUGGCGGGAAUUUGCUGAAUACUAUACAAUUGACAGAAGUUAUUUCUUGGUGUUCAGAUACGAAGGGAACUCCCAGUUCUAUGUCAUAAUAUUCGAUCCAACUGCUUCAGAAAUUGAAUAUCCCGUCGAAGCCGGGAAGGAGCAGGGUGUCCAUGUUAAUGAUUUGGACCAGCUGCCUAGGAGGAGGACGAACCCAGUGCAGAUAUUUGAUGAAAUUGAAUCUGAUGAUGAUUCUAUUGAAAUCUUGGAGGAGAUUCCGGCCGCUGCAUCAUCAUCCCAUGCCCAUAACCGAAGAAAAUCACCUCAAGUUGAUGGGAACAGGCGUUCUAUUCGCGCAAAAAAGGAGAGAAGCAGCGGGAUGGCCAACACCACCCAUUCCAGACGCCGCAAUCUUGUAAUCAGCGAUGCACCGCACUUUUUCAAAGUUGUCUUUUUCCCCAUCAACAGAGGCAUGAAAAUUCCAACAGCGUUUAUGAGGAGAUAUGGGGAUAAUUUGAAGAAAAUGGUGUGGUUGAAGGUUCCAACUGGAGCUUCAUGGCCUGUAGAAUUGCUUCACGGUGACGAGGGAACUUGGCUACAUAAAGGCUGGCUGGAAUUUGCAGAAUACUAUUCCAUUGAAAGAUUCCAUUUCUUGGUUUUCCGAUAUGAUGGAAGUUCCCGGUUCCAUGUCGUAAUUUUUAAUACAGCAGCUUCGGAAAUAGAGUAUCCAAUGGAAUCCGCCCACCACGGUAUGCAUGAUCGUCAGGGCCAGCUGCCAAGGAGGACAAGCCUGGUGCGGAAGCUGGAAGAGAUUUAUUCGGAUGAUGAUGAUGAUGAUGAAUCUAUUGAAAUUGUGGAGGAGAUUUCUGCACCAUGCAAGGGUAAAAAGUGGGGAAGAAAGUCAGAAAACACCCAUCAGAUUGGAAGGGAUGAUGGAUUUGUGCAUGGUCUUCAAUUUGGAGGGAGGAUAAAAGCCAGAGGCCGCUCUGCGUUAAAGAAAAGUACUUCUAUAGCUUAUCAAAGAGCAAAAGCUUUCAAAUCGAAAUGCCCAUUCUUUAUUGUUUUCAUGCAGCCAAGUUAUGUUUCCCGUUCAUUCACGGUGAAUAUCCCAUUGACCUUCGUCAGGGACUACCUUACUACUACACAUUCUCACAUGGAUUGGGAGCUUCGUCUCUCGGAGGGGAAAAAGAAAUGGUCUGUGAGGUGUACCUUUCAUUCGCGGAAUGCCAAAAUUUAUCGUGGUUGGAAGGAGUUCGUGGUCGAAAACAACUUAGUAACUGGUGAUGUUUGUGUCUUCGAACUGGUCAUGGGAGCUAAAAUCUUCAACGUUACUGUAUACAGAAGAUGUUGA